GCUCCGCUGCCUCCGCAUGAUCUCGUGCUUCGCGGAACGGACUAUUUUAGAUCUUUAGCUGGAUCUAGUCUCCUCUUCUCGUCUCGCCCUCGUCCGAUUCUUUCAACGACGCCAUUCAACAGAACUUCAACACUCCGAGUAGGGGGAAUCUACGAGAAAGACGACGGCGAUGUUCCUGUUCGACUGGUUCUACGGAGUCCUCGCGUCGCUGGGUCUAUGGCAAAAGGAGGCCAAGAUCCUCUUCCUGGGCCUCGACAACGCCGGCAAGACCACGCUGCUUCACAUGUUGAAAGAUGAGAGAUUGGUGCAGCACCAGCCGACGCAGCAUCCGACAUCGGAGGAGCUGAGUAUUGGGAUGAUCAAGUUCAAGGCUUUUGACUUGGGUGGUCACCAAAUUGCUCGGAGAGUAUGGAAAGAUUACUAUGCCAAGGUUGAUGCUGUGGUGUAUCUGGUGGAUGCCUAUGACAAGGAGAGGUUUGCUGAGUCAAGGAGGGAGCUGGAUGCACUCCUUUCUGAUGAAGCCCUGGCUAAUGUUCCAUUUCUCGUGCUAGGGAAUAAGAUUGACAUCCCUUAUGCAGCCUCAGAAGACGAGUUAUGCUAUCAUUUGGGUUUGACCAACUUCACAACCGGCAAGGGGAAGGUUAAUCUCACAGAUGGCAACAUUCGACCCAUCGAGGUUUUUAUGUGUAGCAUUGUCCGUAAGAUGGGGUACGGCGAUGGAUUUAAGUGGCUUUCACAAUAUAUAAAGUAGGCAGUUUUCAUUUUUCAUUUGGGCAGUAGAGGAGCUCUCAGCGUAUGACUUUUUCCACCACGCUGCACUUAGAAGCUACAGUCAAAGUAGAAAAGGUAUUUUUGGUAUUCUUUUUAAAUGAGUUAAAGAUAAACAGGGGUGGCAAGUCCAAAUGAUACAUGGAUUGGCUUAACAUUUUGGAAUUGUGAGAUUUUCAGUCUCAUCUUGCAAAUUUUGAUACUUAUUUUCCCCUGGGUUUUAGUGUCCUUGCUCAGCAUGAUCUACAGUUCUUUGUUUUGCAAUCAACUGUGAAUGACUAAAUCGUCAUCGUGAGCUA